AGUUGCAUUCGAUAUUUGGCGCGAACGUAAGGCAGCGGUACAUCUGUCACUGUCAGGCCUAUAGAUGUUUAUGCUUACAAAUGGAAGACAUCCAGCAAAUUUUGAUGAAAUUAAGUGAAGAGUGGGUAAAAUCCUACUGGGAUUACGACUUCACAGAAAUUCCAGCUUUAGAUGCACUGGCAGAAUCAGAUGUAUUGGAGAAUGAAAACCAUGUCCCCAAUUUGUAUUCCUUUUCCUCUUUCAUGGAUGACUGGAUCAACAAGAAAGAAGGACAAGAAGGAAAAGGAUUAUGGAUGGUUGUGGUGGAGAAUGACUUUUCUUACAAAAGCCUAAUAGCGUUGCUGGCUUAUUUGGUGGAAACUGGCACUAAGAAGGGAUCAAAUGUUCAACAGAGAGAAGCUGCAAUCUUGUCAGCAUCCAACUACUUUAAGCUUUUGACAAUUCCUGAAAGCACUGCAUUCAAAGUUUUCCAUCCAGUUUUGUUCGAGAAUUGUGUCAACAUAUUUAAACAGUGGAAAAGAAGUGGUGAAGGUAAAAGAAAGAAAAGUAUUUCCCCAGCUUGCAGUCAAAAAAGAAAGAAAAACAAAGGAAAGAAAACACAGAAGUCUAGAGAUUCCACUGGCAGCAUUGAGGAUUUCCCAGAUGACAGCAAUGAUGAAGAGGAACUCUCACCUCAAGAAGUCAAUAAGCUAUCAAAACUAUACAUGCUGUUUCUACAAGAUUUGAUUGGUCUGCUGAUGACCUGCUCCCUCAGACAGUCUGAGUCUUUGGCCUACCACACGGUGCAGGUACUCUGUGACCUCACCAGACAAGGAGCUGAAAUGUUUGACGGCAACUUCCAGAGUUUUGCAAACUGUGAGAAAAAACAACUGAAAAACCUUCCAACUGCUGGUCUAGCUUACAAGGGCCUACAGCUUCUCAGUCUGCCACUCCAUGGUCAUGUCAAUACUGUCAUCAAGGAAAUCUGUAAAUGUCUCCUCCCUAACCUUCUGAUGUUGAUUGGAGAUAAUCGGGUGGCGGCCCAGUCCAUCUCCAGACCUGUCCUAAUGGCCAGAGACCAGGCGGUCAGCUUCGUCAUAUAUCUGAUGAAAAAUGAGCCGCGUUCUCUCUCUAGCAUUAGGACGCUUUUACAACACCUGUGUACCAAGGUCACUGACCGUGCCGAGUAUCGCACCAAAGUGGCUCAGGCGGUGGUCAGUAUUCUGCAGGAGAUGCCUAAUGGUCCCUAUGGCAAAAUGGUGGAAUGGUUUUAUCUCCUCUCAAAGCAUGCAAAGAUAAAUAACAGAGCAUUCACCGUAGAUAUUGUUGCUCUAUUGCUGAAUUCCCCUGAAAGGGAAAUGGAUGUAGAGAGUACCCCACCAGAGAUAGCCUCUUAUGUGAGACACACCUCUCUACUGGGGAUUCUACUGGAGAGGUGUUCUGAUGCUGCCCCAGUAGUUCGAUCACGGGCCAUUGUAGCUUUCUCUCAGUGUUUCACCACUGCAGACUCGGGAAUUAGGAGCACACUUAGGGAGAUAGUGACUCCUGUGGCUGGCCCCCGACCAGCUCAUUUACAGCAUCUCAUUCCUACCCCAGAGAUGGAGAACCGAGCCCAGAAUGUUGUGGAAGUGACUGUAAGUGAAAAUUCUGUGGAUAAAACAGCAGAAAAUGCCCAGCCCCAGGAGAGCAUUGAGACCCCAGUUAAUACUGCCCCUGGAAAGCCCCCUAAGACACCGUUCCAUCAGGUCGCCCUGACUCCAUUCAAUCCGAACCUGCCUGAUGAGCAGGGAGUGUUGUCCAUGCUUAGACGACGGGCUCAAGACGAGAAAGCACAAGUCAGGAAGGCAGCUCUACAGGCCCUGGAAAGUGUGGUCAGGUUUGAGGCCCCCGACUACAGGAGACAGGACUUGGGCGUGUUAGUAGACAGAUGUAGAGAUCCAACUCUCUCUGUGAGGAAACAAGCCAUGCAGUGCCUGACAGACCUGUUGUUAUCCAUGCCAACAGAGAAACCCCUGCAACAAUGUUGGUUGGAUGGAGUUCUUCCCCUUGUUACUGACAGGGAAUCAACUCUGGAAGAGAAGUGUAUGGAGUCUCUAGAGGAAAUCAUCCUGAGUAACAUUGUGCCUAUUAACAGAUCCAAAAAUGAAGGACAUCGCUUAGUUUGGAACAUUUUAGAAAUCAUGACCCGGUUUGAGAGUUGUCUUUUAAGACGAUAUCUUCAGAAAGCUUGUAGACGUUGGGCAAGAGUGGGGAAAAUCAAACCAAGUCUGAUUACAUCUCUGGAAUCUCAUGUUGGAACUGAUAAUAAUCAGGCUGCUUGGAUGCUCCUGGCGGAACUAGCCCCUGCUGUCCAGAAGUUCAGCCACGAGUUUAUCAUUGACUACUGGGAGAGGAAUGCAGGCAGCACAGAGGAUAUUUACACACUACAGAGAGUGUUGCAGGUUAUGGGAUGCUGUGCCAAGCAUAUCAAAGCUGACCAAAGAGACCUGUUGAUUGAAAAUCUGAAGAACAGACUAAAGAAAUUUGAUUCUCCAACUGACCUUAUUUCUGUCACAAUCAACACUUUGUCCAAGCUGUGUGUAGCCAAGGCUGGGGACUUGGGAUUGGCCAGUGAAAAAGAGGCUUGGUGUGUUGACCUUUUGACUUUAAGUGACAAAUACCUGUCUAAGGUCAUUCUUCAGGAAGAUGGUGGUGCUGUAAAUGAAGAUCUUGUGGUACGUCAUCUUUUCACUCUGGGUGAAAUAGCUCAGUUGUGUCCAGCUAAGACCCCCAAGCGUGUGUUCCUGAUUGUCCAGAGUAUGGUAGCGGCCCCCUGUAUCAGAACAGCUCCCUCUCAGACUGUGCUUUCGUCUCAAGCACCACCAGACAACUGGGUUAGUGGGACAUCACAUGAUAGUUCUAAUGGAAACCACAGUGGAGAAUCUAAUCAAAAUGCAGAGGCUCACACAUCUGGAUCCUCCCAGCAAACUCAGUUUACCCAAUUCACUCAACUCUCGCAGUUCAGGGGCUCCAGAAUGUCCAACAGAAUAAGAGCUUUCGCCUUUAUUGCUUUGGGCAAGUUGUGUUUACAGAAUGCGGACCUGGCGAAGAAGUGUGUGGCAGCCCUGGCCAGGGAACUGGAGACCUCCACGGACCUCACCAUCCGGAACAACAUCGUCAUCAUUCUCUGUGACCUUUGUGUUAGGUACACGACCACAGUGGAGAGCUACAUGCCCAGCAUCCGAGCGUGUCUGAAGGAUGAGGUCCCUCUCGUCAGGAAGCAGACCCUUAUAUCUAUCACACGACUUUUAAAGGAGGACUUCUUAAAAUGGAAAGGUGCAUUGUUCUUCUGUUUUAUAACAACUCUACUGGAUGAGGAAAAAGAAAUUGCAGACUAUGUGGAAUACUAUCUCAUUCAUGUCCUGCUUCAAAGAAAACCAGCCAUGUUUUUCAACCACUUCAUGGAAUGUAUCUUUCACUUCAAUGCAUACGAGGACCACUCUGCUUACAACAAAUUUUCACAAAAUGAAAGGGAAAAGAGAAUGUUUUCACUCAGUGGAACGGCAAAGGAGAGUCACAGACUGAAGUUGUACAGCUUUAUGUUGGAGCAUAUGACUGAUGAACAGAGAUUUCAAAUAACAGCCAAGAUCUGCACUGAGAUUUUAGGAGGAGUGGUUGAUAAUGUAAUCACACUGGAUGACAAAAGCUCAGCUCUCCUUAAAGAUGCUCUUGCCAUUUUAAGUUGUAAGGAGAUAAAACUCUCUUCACUGAAAACUAAGCCACAAGAGGAUGCUGGUGGAGAUGAACAAGAAAUGGCUGCUAUUGUCAUGGCGACGGCCAAAAGGACUCUCAUAACACAGGUGGUGAAGAAAGAUGUGAUACAUAAUAUUGUCCCUAUUGUUGUGUCCCUGAAACACAUGCUGGAGAAGCAUAGAUCCCCAGUCCUGAAAGGUCUGAUGUUUUAUCUGAGAGAGCUCAUGCAGGAUUAUAAAACAGAGGUCAAAGACAUUCUAUCUGCUGAUAGACAAGUUGCCAAGGAAAUAGAAUUUGACCUGAGAAAAUUUGAGGAGGAGCAAGAGGAAAUGAAAAGACUACAUGACCAACAGAACACAGUGCAGAGUCUACAGGGAACACCAGGUUCAAGUCCUAGGCCUGUGGUGACUGGACCAGUGUCCAAGUCCCCUCAGGUAACCCCUGUAGCUCGACCCCCAGGGGUGGUCAGAUCACCGGCCCAAAGUCCUGCACCUCAAAAGCAGCCAAGUUCUCCUUCUGUGCCUGUGCUACAGUUAAACAAAUCACUGGCUGGCUCCAUGGACAGUGCAAGAGACCAUUCCUUGUCCACGAUGGCUCUUCUCAAUUCCGCCAAAAAGGCUUUCUUGAAGGCUAAGGUGAACAGCCCGUCUGCUUCAGGAAUGAAAACUAGGAGAAAAUCCUGUUUAGUGACAGAGAAUAAGUCAGCAGAGAUGGAGAAUAAAUCUGCAGACAUUGAGAAUAAAUCUGAAGAAGGGAAAGAUGAAACAGCUCCUCAUACUGUUAGGUUUGCGGAGGAUUUGCCCUCGGGGUCAUCGGAUAGUGUGUCCACCCCACAAAGAGCCACCCGCUCCACUAACAGGGCCAUCAGCACCCCCACAGGUGCCUUGGACAACAUCACUUUCCACAUUGAUCAGAAUGUGACCCUGAUUCCCCCCUCCCCUAUCCCCUCCUCCUUGCCCAUCAGGGUGUACCCUGCUGACGUCAACUCAGCCCCACCUACAUGCAUGAAAAGUGGAAGAGAUAAACCGGACAAAGAUUUAAUCUACAUGUUCCCUCCAGACAAACUUCUUCCAAAACCAAGAGAAUGGAAUGUAUCUUCCCCAGCUCCAAAAAAGAACCUUGCACUGGAGCAGGAUGAUUUGAGUUUGUUAUCGAAAUCUGAUUCUGUGACCUCUACUAACAAGGGGAAAAAAUCCAACAGGAAGAGCAGUAAGGAAAACUCGAGUACAGCGGCUGUUGUCAGGAGAAGGUCUGCUAGGACAGCCAAAAACAAAUGAAAGUUAGAGCAAUUAAGAAACCAGCGUCAUUAGGGGGAGCAUUUAUAUUCUGUGGAGAUAUAUUUCCAAUCCUGAAAAUUCAUGGUAUGAGAUAUGGUCUAGUAUGACAGAUAAAUAUCAUCUCCAAAUUAAUUGUGAUUGCUAAAAGUAACAUUCAUGCAAUUUGGUGGAUUUGUAGUCUUGUGUAAAUCUGAAUUCAUCAGACAACCGAUUAUGCUGAGAAUUAUUGCUUUACAUGUACACUUGCGUGCCAAAAGUAUGUCAAUUUUUUCUUUUUUCACUAUGUAUUUCAUUGAAAACAAGACUUAUUUUAAAAAGGUUUUUUUUUUGCUAAUUUUAUGGUUAGAUUUUAAAGAAAUAUAUAUUGAUUAAAGUACAUUCAAUUUGCAUUUUUUUGACAUGCAUUAAAACAGUUUUUAACCGGGUUUUCCAUAGGAAAAGUUGUUCUUUUGCAGAUCAAUUGUACCUAUAUCAGAGGUAUGCAUAUUGCUAUUACAUAGGAACUUUGAGCCAUAAGCUCAUCUGUAUUGUACACAAGUUCGAGGUGUUAACAUAUGCACAAAUAAAAGCCACUGAAUAUA